GAAGAAUACAGUACUGUCCAGGUUAUUGGAAAGACCAUCAACUGAACUGGAACCAAUCAGGUGCAUUAAACAUGGCAAGUAAAUGUAUUUCCAUAGAAAGUGUGGAGGAACCCAACAACUGUCUCUUGCCUCUGUCUAGAAGUUCUCAAGAUGAUGUCAGUAGUGUGUCUGUGAAGAUUGAGAAGACAGAAACUUUCUUACUUGAUGAAGAAAAGUACAAACCAGAGACUCCCAGAGACACACAACACAAUGAGUCUCUGGGUUGUAGUUUGGACCAAAUUUCUCUCUAUAAUGUAAUUAAAGUGGAGUCAGAAAUAGAUUCUUCAAGUACAACAAUCCAAACCAAUUCCAGGAAGAAGAAUGGUUUUUUGAUAACUAAAAGAAAACACUGUGGUACCAAACGCACGAAAAAGAAGGCAGAGAGAUUAAUAAAUCCCUCGGGUGAUGGUAAAAUUAAAAAAAAAUUAAAAUCCAUCAAUAAUAAGGUAACAGAGCCAUGUACUGAAAAUGUCACUAGUGAAGACAUGCCCUCACAGAUCAAUGACACACCAACUUCUGUUAAACCUCAGAGGGAAGAUAAAAGUGUUGAUAUGCCAAUACUCAAUAGUGAACCUGACAUAUGUGAAACACCAAUUUUGAUUGAGCCUAAAAGGGAAGUGGUAACAGGUUCCACAGGUGUUGAACUGAUACCUAUUAAACAAUGUGAUGUUGACAUUUCAUUAGAUAUAUCUCGAUCAUCACCAAGUCGGCAAGGAGGGUCACCCGAUGACAAUAAAAACAGUCAGGAUAUUCUAGGAAAGAUUGAAAGUCAUAAGUCCAACAUUGCUGCAUCAUCAGGUGAGCAGAUGUGUGUUGGAGCCAGACAGCCAAGACCAAGGACAGGGGCUGAUGCUUUUGGGGGAAAAGACAUCCACAAGGAAAACAGAAAAAUGCAGAAGACUCUUAGAAAUAAAUUUGGUAUUCAAUGUAAUGGAGGGCAAUAUCGGAGUAAUGGAGGGCAGUAUCGGAGUAAUGGAGGGCAGUAUCGGAGUAAUGGAGGGCAGUAUCGGAGUAAUGGAGGGCAAUAUCGGAGUAACGGAGGGCAGUAUCGGAGCAACGGAGGGCAGUAUCGGAGCAACGGAGGGCAGUAUCGGAGCAACGGAGGGCAGUAUCGGAGCAACGGAGGGCAGUAUCGGAGCAACGGAGGGCAGUAUCGGAGCAACGGAGGGCAGUAUCUGGCAACGGAGGGCAGUAUCUGAGCAACGGAGGGCAGUAUCAAAGUAGUGGAUGGCAGAAUCAAAAUUUAGGGAAUGGGUGGCAAAAUUCACGAGACUGGCAUUAUGAAGGAGGCCAGAUUCAUGCAGUCCAUAAACAGUGGAGUUUAGACUACCAUUGGCAAUAUUCUCAUGGUGAUUGGCAAGGUGUAAGGACUAAUAGGUCAUACCAGGCAAGGAAUUUACAAAACAAAAGUGUCCCACAACAAGAGGUUCCAUCUGUCCAGCAGAAGUGUACAACUACUGGGAUGCAGG